CCAUCGUAAAUCACAAAAUCCCCGUUUUAGCAACCCUUUAAAAUGCAUUUUUUAUUCAACUAAAGUCUAGUUAAAUUUUAAUAUUCAAAUUGUUAAAUUUAUCAAUAAUUUUUAAAAACAGAAAAAUUUUGAAGUUUUUUUAUUUAGGUAAAAUUUCUAGUUAAAUUUUAAUAUUAAAACUGAUAAAUUUAUUGACAAUUUUUAAAAACAGAAAAAUUUCUAUGCAUUUUUUAUUCAAUUAAAAUCUAAUUAAAUUUUAAUAUUAAAAUUAAUCAUUACUUUAGUUAAACUUUUAAAAACAUAAAUAUUUUGAUGCAAUUAUUGAAAAUUUUGAAAAACUUGUAUCCAUUCUCACUAAUCAUCACUGCUUGCCAAGAACGAUCAGCCAGACGCCCAGACAUCGAAAAGUUGAAGAAUAUCUACAACACAAAACAACUUAUUAUACCAUACACUUUUAUUUAAAUUAAUUUAUAUUUAUUAUUAUUUUUUUUUUUGGUUUUCUAUACAUUUGAAAUCCAUUUGCUUUAUUUAUAGUAAUAUUCCUUACUUUUAAUUAGUGAUAGGUUGAAACGCAUGCUUUCACGCGUAACAAUUUUUGACAUAAGAUAAAGUUGAUUCGGUCCGUUUCCCUUUCUUUCACUUGACGGUUUAUAAAAGACGACGAUUUUCUUACAAAAGGCGCUAGCUUUUUUACUUUGUAGGUUCUCUCCGUAUACAAAUGUUUGAUUUCUUUCUUCUGCAAGAUUCUAAAUUUUCUUGUCAAUUUUUUCAGUCUUUGUCGUUAAACUUUGUAACUAUUGCAGUACUGCAGUAGUGGGUAUCACCAAUGCAAGUCAUACAUUGGUUUUUCGCAUCGCCGUCUGAUAAACGCACGUGAUUUGUGUCACCAUAUGCAUAUAAUCAAUAAUGGCAUGGGCGGAAUUUAUUUACGUUACCAUUAUGAACUUUUAAUGAACAAUUUUUUAUAUUUUCUAUAAUUUUGUCAUUCACGCCUUUUUGAAGUUUAGGCUCGACAAUUCUGACUGUAGUUUUUUUGACUACUGGUGUUGAGAUAGAGUCUUUGUACAAUUUGGCAAGAGGAAGAAUCUAGAAAACGUACUAAAAAAAUUUUACCUGGAGAAAAAGCUUCAGAUGAAGUACAGAGCUCGGCAUUCGACAAGUAUCGAUGUCAUACAUACCUUACAGUUUUGGACAAAAUUAAGAACGUUUAAAAACGAUAAUCAACAUCUUCCACAAGAUAGUUUUACUGACCUAGUGGCUUGGUUACCAGAAAUUGAUAUAAAUCAACUACGUAAUGAGUACAUUAUUUUUUCUAAAAGUUUUGAUGAUCUUACAUCAGGUAUAGAUUUACCUACUUUAUUACAUUGCCCAGAAUCAAUAUCAUCAAGUGAAAGUUGUGAAGAAGAAGAAAAAAAUAUAACUCAAGAUGAACAAAUUAAUAUGGCAAAAAUUGGUGUUAGUACUAUUCUUUAUACAUUGUCCAAGUAUGACUUGUCAGCAGCGUUUCUCAAUUUGUAUAUAGCAUACAAAGUCUUAGGGACUAUACCAGUUAGGUACAUCUGCAUCUGCGGAAAGAUCAUUUUCCAAAGUUAAACUUAUUAAGACACGCUUACGUUCUACAAUGGUCCAAGGACGUUUGGAAAGCUUAAUGUUUUUGAGCUGUGAGAGGGACAUCAAAAUUGACCAUGAAGAGACAAUAACAUUCUUGGGAAGAACAUCUGAUGUGUUAAAAAAAAGCAUUAUUAUUCAAAUGAAGAAACAUAUUUUGUAUUAAACAUUUUUUUUAAUGUUUUUUGUGAUGGGUGGGGUGGGUGGUGGGUCUGACAAUAUAACUUGUGCCUCAUAACUUAAUGUAGUUCACCACGCCACUGAUGCAUAUAUUAUAAUAUUUAAUCAUAUGUCCGAUUCCCAAUACCAUUUAUGCCAGAGAAUAUGGUAGACAUCAUGCUGGAAUCAAAGGAGCCCUGGUCAUUGAUAGAUGUGCAGAGAGCAAGUGGAGAGGGACGAGCAGCAAGAAGGAAUUGCGUGAUCAACGAUUCACCAACGGCACAAAGAGAAGCAGAUACGGCAGGAGUUCCGAGACCGAUUGGUCCUGGAAACUGGGUUAUGAAGAUGGAGGCGGUUGAUGUAAUGUAAUGAAGAUCAAUGUAACUAGUUAAGAUUGUUUAUUGUAGGCUAACCUGGCCAAAUUAGAGGGAUAGAGCCUUCCUUUUUGUAAAAUGUUUAUGUAAACUUGUUCAGUACUUAUUGUAUGUAUGAUGGUUAUUUUAUCAAUAAACGAUGGAUGCCAGAAGGAAGUCUUGCUAACGCAGUUCCCUCCUGUUGUUCGGUUCAUAUAUAAAAAAAAACUAAU